UAUCCGUUUACGGUUAAUCCACAUCCGGCGCAGAGCGGCGGGUACGUGAGGCUGCAGCAUGCUAACCGGACAGAUUGUGGAUCGAUAAGGAGUCCGGAACGUUAACGUUAACGUCAGUCAGACAUCCAGCAGGUUACCGGAGCAGUUUACCUUCCUCACAGGCGGAAGUUUGGAUUUAAAGAGAAAACAGCGAAGAUGUCUCCGCCUGUUAAUGCUAAUGCUAAUGCUAACGUGGACCAGAAGGUUCUGCAGUAUGAAAACUUCAUCAACGAAGUUCUGAAGAGAGAUUUACAGAAGGUGUUGGAGCAGAGAGAUUCAGUUUAUGAGAAGAUCUCACAGUACCUGCAGCUGAAGAACACCAUCCAGAGUCUGCAGGAGUCGGGCUCUCAGCAGCUGAAGACAGAUGUUGAUCUGGGCUGUAACUUCUACGUCCAGGCUGAAGUCGAGGACUCGUCCCGGAUCUUUGUGGCGGUCGGAUACGGUUUCUUCGUGGAGAUGGACCACGGCGAAGCUCUGCGAUUCAUCGACAAGAAGACGAGUCAGCUCACAGCCUUCACAGAGCAGCUCACCAAAGACUCGUCUAAGAUUAAAGCCAACAUCCGCAUGGUGCUGGAGGGGCUGAGGGAGCUGCAGGGACUGACAGACCUCCCAGAGAGCAGAAGAAGAGACGUUUUCUAGACGUUUCCACAUGUCGGACGACCCGAGGACAGCUCGGUUCAGAGCUCCGAGGUCCAACGUGGACGUGUAAUAACCCACGGCUGCUGGAGGACGACAUUUUAACAGGAUCCGGUCUGAGUUUCAUCUCUGCGCGUUUAGCCUAGCUUAGCACAAAGACUGGAAGCAGGGGGAAACUGCUAGCCUAGCUUAGCACAAAGAAAAAAACCUUCCAAGAACAAGUGUGUCUGAUUUAUGUUUAUUACAGAGAGCGCUCCUGUAGACCUUCAAAAUGGUGUCACAGGAAGUGACUGAUGUUUAAUGUUGUAAA